AAACAAUAAAUUGGCGUCUCCUGUUCGGUCAAAGUCAGUAUAGUGCGACAACUGUGCGGUAUUCGACUAGUAAAUCCAUGAAUAAUUAGGAAGACACAAAAAUCAAGGAGUCUUUCAAAAUGAGGUAUUUGCUUGUCAUUGCCGCGUUUACGGCUUUGGCCUUUGCAAAGCCGGAAUUUUAUAAGGAAAAAGAGGAUUUCCAAUACUCCAGAAGCUCCUCAGAUGAAGGCAGUAAGUCCGGUUUCUAUGGGGCUCAAAGAGGCAAUAUGGGAGGCAAUUAUGAAAAGGCGCACAACAUGGAUGGUUUAGCACAGCACCAAAUGAGUGGACUCGUUCGCACCGUCGAAGGCGAAUUGGGAGACGGGUACAAAAUGAGAACCGGCAGCGUGUACAGCGCUGCUAAUUCUAGGGGAACCUAUGGCUCAGGCCACUACGACUUAAGCAAUCUACAAGGUAGAAACUUCGGGGAGACCGAAUCAUUUGAUAAUUCGCAUUCUUCAAUGAUGGCACAGAGUUCUGCAUUUAGAAAUUCCAGAUUAAACGGUGGUGCGUACAGCAGUAGCAACCGCGCCCAUAGCUCGGGAUACAGAGGAUAUCAAGCUGGAGAUCAAUCUCAACAAUAUAUUCAAACGGAUAACUUGCAAUCUGCAGAUCAUUUGCAGAGCGCCCAUGGCUACGAUUAUGGAAGUGAAGCUGCCCAUCUUUCAACCUCAGGCUUUCAAACCCACCACGAUUACGAUCUAAGCGCUUCCAAUUUAGAUCGCACAGGUGCGUAUGGAAGCAAUACUCGAAGCCGUAUCCUAACUGCCGCUCCUGUAAGAGUUAUCGUCAGACCCGGAAUCAGAAGGACCGUGCCGCUCACUGCUCAAGUCUACGAUGCGGACCACUCAGAUACCUCUUUUAAUCUUGAGCAGAGUAACAUUAACAGAGACGCGGAAGUAUUGAAUACCAAUAGUCAGCAAGUAAGCUACAGGCCCUCGAAUGCUCCUAAACAUUAUGAAUCCUCAUACAGUUAUCACAAGGAAUGGGAGAAACAUAACACUCAGCCAAUUAAUGCCCCUGGUGCCGAACCUACAGAAAAUCCUUUUCCUGCACAAAGUGAAAUACGUGGGGACGUAAAUGAAGAAAAAAAUUUAGAAAACAUUCAGCAACAUUCAAAUACUUACAAUACGCAAGCGAGUAAUACAGCAUUUGCGGCCAAUACUCAGUCAUCAAGUCAGGCUAGAUAUCAAGCAGGCUAUAACAGGAAACAUAGCUCCAGUUCUUCAUUGGCAGAAAACACUAAUGGCUAUAUCACUGGUAGACGCAGCGCUUCUCUGACCGGUGGUUCUUUAGUAGCAUCAAAUGCUAACGAAUACAAUGCAGGCAGCAGUAGCUCAUUGUUAGCCUCUAAUGCAAAUGGAUACAAAGCAGGUAGCAGUUCUCUGUUAAACGUGAAUACAAAUGGAUUUAAUAAGGCGUCCCAUGCAACCAAUUCCGAAGAGAGUGUUGCUAGUGCUGCUGAUUCAGGAAAUCUUGUGCAGGUAUUGAAUUCAAAACCAAAAAGUUACCAUUCUUCGUAUUCAUAUCAUAAGUCUUGGGAAAGACAAGGCGACCCUUACGUCAUAAAACCAGCUGGAAGUAGUACGUUUGAUGGCCAGGAAUCUCAGAAAUUAACAGCCGCUUCAGCCAGCCAAGGAGCAUAUUCAUCGCAUCAUUAUGGAGCCCAAUAUAAACAAGCCCAUCAUAGCUUUUCACAAAAUGGAUUCGAUAGUGAUUGUGACGAAGAAGGUCACGUACGCGUAGCUCGUUCUUCCGACUCACGGUAUAAACCUGAACUUCAGGCUUACCAAAAUAUGUACCAAGGCCAAGAGGAAUAUGGACAACAAACACAGAGCCGUUUGGAAAAUUUAGAAGACUUGGGGCAGCAAACACAAAAUCAAUGGGAUAACCUGCAAAACUUUGGACAACAAGAACAGAGUAAUUGGGAGAAUUCACAAAACUUAGGACAACAAAUCCAAAGCCAGUGGGACAAUUUACAAGAUUUAGGGCAACAACCUCAACACCAAUGGGAUAACUUGCAAAAUUUGGGACAACAAACUGAGGAAAAGUUUGAUAAGCUGGAAGAUUUAGGUCAACAACCUCAAAGUCAAUGGGAUAAUAUUGUAAGUCAAGAAACAGAGCAAAAAUUUGAUACUUUACAUACUAUGGGUCAACAAAGUCAAAACCAAUGGGAUAAUAUGCCAGAAAUAGGUCAAAUGACUCAAGGAAAAUUGGAUAAGCUAGAAAAUUUUGGGCAACAAACUCAAACACAAUGGGACAAAAUAGAAAGUUUUGAUCAGAAAUCACAAAAUAAAUUACAUAAAGUAGAAGACCUGGGACAACAGCAACAAGCGACUUGGGGAAGCACGGAACAGCAGAAUCGCAGUUGGCAAAAAUUAGAAGACCUCAAUCAACAUACGCUAAGCGAUCUGGAACAACAAAUACAGGAUCAUGAUGAACAAUCACCUAAAAUGGUUUUCUAUGGAAAAGAAUUUGAUCAACAAGAAAAUGUACAAUCGAACGAUUUUAAUCUGAAUAAUACUCAAGAUUCUCAAUUAAUAGACAACAAACACUACAGUGAAAAUAAAUUGUCUCAGAAAGAAGAUAAACAAUUAGUUAGAGGUCCUUGGAAUAACGCAAUGUUUCAUUUGGGUGGUUUUCAGCAAGAAAACUCUAAUUUCGAUUUAGAUAACCAGAACUCAAAACAUACACCUAACAAAAAUUUUGACAGACCUGAUGAAGCUCAAAAUUCGGAAAUGUAUGAAUUUGGGUCUCCCAAAAUAUUUGAUAGCCAACAAACACAAAAUACUUGGAAUUUAAAGGAAGAAGAUACAAUACAACAGAAACCGUUUAAUCAACAGUCACAAACAGGAAAGAGCUCACAUACAACAACUGAAAAAAAUUCACAUCCAUUAGGUGGUCAGUGGGACAAAACUGAUAGUGAAUCUGCAGAAUUAGAUAAAGACUUUCAUUCACAAGAUGAACAAAAUUCUUCUCUGUUAGGCAGUCUUUGGGACAAAAUUGAUGGUAUAGCCAAAGAGACACUUAAAGACACCUAUGAUGAAGAUGAUUCACAAAAGUCUAAUAAAGUAGAUUCAACAGACUGGUCACCACAAGAAAGUAAACCAAGUGCAACACACAACACACCAAAACCAUCAGAUUCCCCCUUAAAUAUAAAUUUAUUAAAACCUAAUAUCAAACCAAACCAAGAUAAAAGCCCAAGGCCAAUAGAUGUAGGUCGUGGAGACAUCGGUCCUGAAGAUUCUGACUUUAUCUCAGAUACACCUAAAUCAAAUAUACCAUAUAAAACACCAAAAGAAAUAGAUUCUUUAAGUUUAACUCGACCCUUAAACAAACAAUCAGCAGACUCAAAUGAUGACAAAAACAAAUUCAAUAUGCUAAGUGAUAGAGAAUUAAAAAUAGUACAAGACUUGAUUAAAAAAAUUGAAACUGAAGACUCUGAUGAGAUUGUAACUACUACCAGCACAACAACUUCGCCAAUUCCAACAAUUUCAACCAACAUAGAUGAAAAUAUACUAGCUGAUUUAAAUGAAAAAGAAGAAAAAUUUUUACAAGGAAUUAGCAAACACAUUAUAUCUAAUGAGAAUAAGAAACGCACUUCCACACCUUUUACGCCAACAAGAUACAUUUAUAAAGAGCAAUCAAGAAAUAAAGAACAAUUUGAACACAGUACUCAUAAAAAUCUAAUUUCUCACCACCAUGAUGAAACAAAUAUCAACAAAGAGUUGGAUCAAAAAAAUGAAGACUAUGAACCAGAAGAACAACAAAAUAUGGAGCAGCAAUUCGAAGAUUUUCAGCAAACACAGGAUUUACAAAAUGCAAACCAAUUAGAAAACUUUUCACAGCAACAUCAAAGUGAUUGGAAUUCUGAAAAUAAUCUCGCCCAAGUUUUAGACCAACAAUUAAUAUAUUUAGGGGAAGUGUCACGAAAGUUAAAUGAUAAUCAGAUAAAUGAUGAAAUAAAAGAAAUUGAAGCAACACAGAAAACUAAAAUAAAUGAGUUAACACCCCCAGAGCCAGAGCUAGAGACAGAAAAGCAUGGGUUUUGGAAGUCAGUUGGUAGUAAACUAACAAAUGCUAAAAAGAAAGUAAUGUCAUGGUUCUCUUAACAAUGCAAAUAACUUUUAACACUAAUUGUCCGGGAAACCUAACAUUUAAAAUGUUAAGAAUUAAGACCUACACAAAUAAGAAUUUACUUAUAAUUUUUUAACUAUGUAUAUAAAUAAAACCUUAGUGUAAAAUUAAAAUAUGUCAUAUUGAUUUUAUAAUUUAUUAAAGUACACUUUUAAAUAAGUAAUAAAAUAUAUGUAUGUGAGUAUGAUUUUACCAACAAUUAGCUUUAAAGUAAUACACUUUAUUUUUAUAACAGUUAGGGCUGCAAAUAUAUUUACUUAUAACAUGUUGCACAUUGAGUGCAAUUCAUCCCUGUCUACUGAUUCUUCGCUAUCUCUUAACACAUUAAAAUUGUAAUAACAUUGAUAUAUUAACAUCUUUAUUUCUGGAAACUUGUUCUAAUAUUAACUAAACCAUAAACAAAUAAUAUAUUAAACUAAAAUGGGUAAAUUUUUUUUUUUUAGUAGAAAACUUUCUUCAUGUAACUAAAUAACAUUAGACAUAAUUUUACUAUUCCACUUAAUUUUUUCUCACUAUUUUCGCAAUAUAAUAAAAAAGUGAACUAUUGUAAUAGCCACCAUAUACGAUUGAACAUGGAUAAGCGAAAAUCUAAAGGAAUGCAAUACUUUUCUCUUAUAAAGGUUUUCUCUUAUGCAAGAUUUUCCCUUAUACCAGUUGUCCAUUUGGUUCAGACUAUAACUCACCCUUAAAAGGUUUUUCGCUUAUUCAUGGUCAACUGUAUAGAAUUUAUAUAUUUACUUAAUUUUCACAUGAUCAAAAAAAGUUAUCCAAAGCUGAGUAAUACAAUUUACAUUUUGGUGCUGUGCAAACUAAUAGUAACUACAUACUGCAAUACUGACCUCUGUAAGGGAGUUAAAGUAUUUGAUGAAUGCCCGUUGCUGGACUGAAUCUGAAAAUUAAAUGAAACUAUGGGUUAUAUGCAUUUGUAAUUCAUAUUGAAGUCUCUAUUUUGACAAAAACUAUGAAAUGUGUACAUUAUGUAAUUUUAAGUGUCACACCAGUAGUGUUCUAGGGUAAUUCAAAACAGUGUCCGAUGUAUUUUGAUUGGUUUAAAUGUAGGCUAUUGAUUGAUCAAUGACUAAUAAAAGAAUGUGAAAUAA